UCGUUUUAUUCCUUCCCCCUUCUUUAUAAAGCUUAGGAGAUUUUACCAGUCUAUCUGCCAAUUCAUACGUUGCCACCAUUAGCUUCUACCACCCACUCUCCUGCAUUCCACUCGAAAAGAAGAUCCUCUUGACUCUUCGAUCUCCUUUACGGUCAGGUUUAGAUAUUCCCCUCGUUGGUUUGAUCCAUACGAUAUCCAUAAUUCGUAGUUCCUCCUCACCAAGUGCUUCGCCUAUAUGUCCGGUCUACAUUUCCACCAAAAAUCAUCAAGCGCAUCAAGAAACCAACCAUAUUCCUCCUUAAUCUAAGAAGAUCGACCUUCGAAACUCAUGCCCGUUCUCCAUGAUCCGCAAUCCUUCCGCCUUCUUUCCUUCACAGCAUAAGUCAAAGGAUUUAUCUUCAAUAUAGAGAAACCUUCGUCCAUAUGAGCUCAUGGAUAUAUUUGGGUAGUGGUUGGCCUAGACAGCCGACAGAUUCCGAACACGGGUUAGGGUUUAGAAGGAGAAAGAGAGAGAGAGAGAGAGAGAGAGAGAUAAAUCCUAUAUUUUGUAAUGAAUUUAUCUAAAGAUUCACAAGAUUCACAACACCAACCCAAUCAUAUAUUUUAUAAUGAAUUUAUCCAAAAAAAAACCUUUUGGAAAAUUGUUUAUCUUCAAACAUUUGCUUUGCAAACCCUUGUUUUGGAGUCAUGCUUAAUUUUCUACCACAAGAUUGCUUUGGUUCCUGUCAGAGUUGCUGGUGGGCUGUUAUUUGAGCUAUUAGGUCAAUCAGUGGGCGAUCCUUUUGUCAAUGAAGAUGAUCUACCAAUUGUUCUAAGAUCAUGGCAGACACAGAAUUUCUUAGUAACUGCCCUUCAUGUUAAAGGGUUUGCAUCAAAUGUUAAUGUUUUAGGUAUCACAGAAGUGCAGGAGCUGCUUACUGCUGGGGGUAAUCUUGUACCGCAAACUGUCCAUGAGUUGAUAGCACAACUAGCUUCCCAUCUUGCACGAUGGGAUGAUAGGCUUUUCCGGAAAUAUAUAUUUGGGGCUGCUGAUGAAGUUGAGUUGAAGUUCAUGAACAGGAGAAAUCAGGAAGAUUUGCAGCUUUUCACUUUGAUUUUGAACCAAGAAAUCAGAAGGCUAUCAACCCAGGUUAUAAGAGUGAAAUGGUCCCUUCAUGCCAGAGAGGAGAUUGUGUUUGAGCUGCUUCAACAUUUGAGAGGGAAUUCAACAAGAUUCUUGCUAGAAGGAAUAAGAAAGAGUACAAGGGAAAUGAUUGAAGAGCAAGAAGCAGCUCGCAGUCGUUUAUUCACAAUUCAAGAUGUUAUGCAGAGUACUGUUCGUGCAUGGCUGCAGAUACGUACACUUGCACAGAGGACAUUUACAUUCGUGAUUAUACAACUCUCUAUGUAUUUGUUCGUACGUGGUUGUAUGUGUUUCUUUUGAGUGAAAAUUUUGUGCAAAUUACUAAUUUAUACUUUUUCAUUUA